GGCUGCGACAUUACACCCGGAAGAGAAAAAAUGUCCUAAAGAUUGACGAUUACAUAUUUUGAUUAGGCCUAGGAUACUAUGACGAACGAAAACGUACUUCACGAAGAACAAACCAGAUUCUAGUUUAGUCCUAUAUUAAGUAGGUUUGGUGCAUCACUGAGAAAACAUUUGGUUUUACUACAAACAAAACAAAUACGGUAGUCUUGCUGCCACAGGGCAGGGACAGCGUGGAAUACUGUAGUUCAAGUGUUUCCAACCCCUUCCAAGAUGACUUCAUUCCAAAUUUGCAUUAUUUAUAUAUUUGCCUUUAGUUUGUACCAAGCUACUGAUGCCCAGGUACAGGACUCACCGACUGAUGAUACUGCAUACACAACACUAAAUUUCACAAAAUCAUUUCUUGAGCAACUGUUUAGUUUGACAUACCUUCCGAGUAAUAGUUUAGACUAUAAUAACAAUGACUACCAGUUACCUAAAAUGUCUGAGCCGACAGUUGAUGAGUAUGAUCCACUCGCUUUGACACAAGAUAGUAGGUAUCCAAUUCCAACAAAAUCCAUAAACCUGCAGCCAACAUUAGAUCCAAACAGUAACUGGAACGAAUGGAAUGAGAGCAAUAAAAGUAAUCUAAUAACAAGCACAAUGAUAGCUGUUGCCAUUGCUCUAAUCGUUCUCAUCAAGUUAACUUUGAUUGCUCUGUUGGUCAAACGAGGGCGGCGUCUACAAAGAAUUAGUGUGAUUUCCUCAAAUCAAACAAGUAUUCCAAGUGAGUUUGAAAACGACAGCGCUCAUUUAGUCACACCAGCAACCAUCAUGUAUGUUGAACCGCAAGACCUGUACAAUGGCAAUGGUGUACCAUCUAUACCAUGCUCUUCAGGAACACCAGGCCUAGCGUUGAUGACACCACCACCAUACAGUGAGGCGUCUCUUGAGAUUUCCUCUUGCCUGCAGCAGGUAGAGGCACCAAAGGAUGACUACCCACCCCCUGCCUAUCAAGAAUCGGAACAUGCCUAGCCAGAAGGGGAGAAAUGUACCCUUUCUAUCACACCAUUAAUCUCUUUAUACUGUACUUCAGUUGAUUAUAUUUUCUUUCUAAUAUCACUAAUUAUUAUUUUUAUGAUUAUCAUCAUCAGAUUUUUAAUACUUACUGCCACGUUUUGUUCCACUAUCAGUGGAUCAUCAUCGGGCAAUGAAGCUGGGAGCUAGAUGUUGUUAGUGAUGCUAUUCAGGCUUUAAUAGCGCCCUCUCCCAGCUGUCCUGUCAGGAGGUGCCAUUGGCUCUCUCACAUGUAUGACUCAAUCCCAGCUCCAAAAAAUCCAGGGGCCACUGAUAGUGGAACAAACGUAGCAGUACGUAUACUUCUACUUGGUUUUAAAUUAAUAAUUCUACAAUCAAUAUCAUCAUGAUUGGUUCACAUUGGUACCAUAAUGAAGUUCUGUAUCCAACUGCCAGUGUCUUAAGUUGGUAGAAGCCACUUAAUAACUUUCUUAAUGUUCAGGGGGUGUCUCUUGCAAUUCCUGCAAUUGACUUGUAGUUCUAUUGUACUUAACCAUUUCAAGAUAGACACAUUGCAAACAAAACAUUAGAAUACAAACAGGGUUUGCAGAUUGUUUAGUAACAUUAUGCAAAGAAUCUUUUAAUACUUGUAUGGUGAAAGAAAAUCUAUAUAAAUAUGUAAAAUAAAAACUUUUGCAAAACACCUUGCAGUUAACAAUGCAAUUACAGUAUAAGGGUAUACUGUCCAGGUGUAGCUAAAAGCAUUCAGAGUUCUUACAAUGUACAUAUACAAGUAAUUUAUAAUACGUGAACAAUACUUUUCCUACAUCCCUUUUCUUAUUACGAAGGUAAAACUUUAUUGUUGCCCUGGAAAGUGUGCACAAUCCAACUAACAUUUUCUUCAAUAUUUAUUACAUAUUUUUAUUGGUAUACUUGAUUGGUAUGCUGUAAAUUUUAUUUGUUCUUGUGUAAUAUUAAACACUAUUGUUAAUGACCAACCAAGUUGUUUAUUUUAGGGGUUUGAAGUGCAUUUUUACAACUUAUAUUUUAAUGUUUUCUUUGAUUAAGUCUGGAUGUUAGCAUCAGAGAUCAUGUAGAUAUUGUCAAUCAUUUAAAAAUAUUGGGGCAGAUUUUCAACCAUGCAAAAUGCAUGGUUUUUUUUAUGUGUUCUCUAGUAUAAUGUAUAAGCAUUAUGCAUGUGAUGCAGAAAACGUUCUCUACUUAAUAGAAACUGGGUUUUGUAGUUUUGUUACUCAGCUGGGCUUGGCAAGAUUUUCGAAAACAGUACGAGAGAAAGAGAGAGCAAAUGCUCUGAUUAUUGUCAAUAUCUGUUAUUUGUAGAGAAUUAAAAGUAACUAUUUUAUAAUAAAAUGACUGUAUUUAUUAUUUGGAAUUUAAAUUGAUUUAGAAUCAUGAAAUACAGAA